AUGCCAAAGUUUCCCCUCAAAAGAAAGAAACCCAGCUUCGCAAACACCAACAUCAAGUGCCACCUCUACAGAAGCGCCACAAAAAAUGGAGACAGAAAUGCCUACGUGGUAGAUAAAAGGAAAAAGGUGGAAGAGAGGGUUGCUCUCACGACCGGAAACAAGUACAACGAGAUUGUCGCCCUGUUCAGGGGUACAAGCGGAGGUAUUAGCGGGGGCAUUAGCGGAGGCAUUAGCGGAGGGAGCAUAAGAAAAAACAGCCAUCACCAUAAUUUCGCCAAAGCAGACGUCUUAACCCUCGCGAGGAGAGACACAGAACGGCUGAAAAAAAACAAAUUUAAGUAUUUUCCCCUGGGAGGGAACAGAAAACACCACAUUAAAAAGUUCUUAACUGACUGCAUUUUUGCCAACAAUGUUAAACAGUUGGUGGGUACGGCGAAGAGGCACAUCAAUAGAGCGAGCCUCUAUCACCUUUUUCUUCUUCUAAAAUUAAGUGUGGAUUUUAAAAAUUGUGAAAUUUUAAAGCUGAACGCGUUAGAGGCUUUCACCAACAGGGUGGAGUUACUUGGGAGGCGCCAGAAAAAUGGACAUCUGGGGAGGGACGACACCUCGGUGGUGCUCACCUACCAGCGUAUUUUAGACGAGGCGUUUUUUGCUAGUACGGAUGGGGUAGCCGAUAAGCCCCCCCCGGGGAAGCCCCCCCCGCAGGACGUCUACUUCUUCGAUGUGGUCAGUUUUGUGAAUGAGAGCCUCCGGGGAGGCGCGGCAGGGGCAUCCCCCGAGAGUAGUGGCGGUACGGUAGGGGCACCCCCCCCCGACAGGAGCGAACCCCCUUGUCCGGAUAAAAGGCUCCCGCAGAGGCCCGGCAACUGGGCGCGCCAGGGGGGGAAAAGCGACCCCAGGAAAUGGAGCGGACAUAAGGCAAAAAGGGAGGAAAACGAAAGCCACGCAAAUCGAAGGGAUGAAAUACACCAAGACGAAAUUAAAUACUUUUCUUACAAUCACAGGACGAACCAUUUGGGAGUCUACAAGGAAAUUUUUGAAAAAUCCGAUCAGUACAAAUGUUUAAAAUUUUACGAAAACGCAAAGAGGGAAGUUACCGCGCGGGGGGAGGGAAGCUCCCCGCAGGAGUUGCUAAACAGUAAGUUGAGAAGCAGCCUGGUUAGCGGCCCCCACGUUGGAGAUGGCAACGUUGGAGAUGGCGAUGUUGCAAAUGGCGCUGUUGCAAAUGGCAACGCUGAGGAGGCGUGCCAGGGGGGGAGGGCCCCCGCGCGGAGGGGAUUAAGCCGGUACACCCUGAAGGAGCCCCUGCUGAACGCCUUCCUCUGUGUGUGUGCAAAUAAUUACGACGACAGGACGUACAAAUAUAUGAAGGCUGUGUACUUUAGCAACUUUUACGUUUACAAUCCGCUGUUCCUGUUUCAGUACUUCAGCUACAUCCCGGCAAGCGAAAAUAAAUUCUUCGAAAUGUUCUUAGCGGAAUUUCUCAAAUUUUUAAACAACAUCAUUGUGCAUUUUCACUUUUAUUUAAUCCCCUUUUUUACCAAUUUGAGUUACUCCUCUGUGUUUUUGAACUUUUUUAAAAAAAAAAUGCUGCUCUGUGGUGGGGAAGCGGAAGGGGAAGCGGCGUCACAAAGGGACAGAGAAAGCAGUGUGCACGUGUAUAGAAGAUCGAGCAACCUCCAUCUCGUGAAGGAAAAAAUUGCCUACACUUACAGAGGCCACCAGAGCAGGGAAAAAAACGUGGCCUUCAUUUUGUUUCUUUUUUAUGAAAUUUUUCGCUCGGACAGCCUCGUGGAAAAGUACCGGCAAAUUUAUUUGGACAAUUUUUACCUGUACAGUUCAGACAGGCAAGAAAGGAAGCAACCCCUCAGCAUUUUCUUUAACUUUUUAAAUUACCGAAGCGUUUUUAACAAAUAUGAAGAUGAGCUGAAGGGGGUGCACAUUGAGAGGCGGCAGUUUUAUAGGCCUCUCGUGGCGGUUACAAAACGGAUAAGGGAGCACAGCUCCGUGGAUGCCUCCAUAAAUCGGGAGGAAGAAUCAACCCCCUCGAGUGUCUCUCCCCGCGAGGGAGUUGCUUCAAAUGGCAGUGGCCGCUUAACCAGUGUGAUGGGGCGCCGCGCUGCCCCGCACAGGCAGGUGGCCUCUAAUUUGCCGUUGAAGAGGCGGGAAUUCCUCCGCGGUAUGGAGAGGGCCCACCAGGAGUUCGCCGCCUCGCUGUGGGGGGUGAGCGGAGUUGACAAAGUUGGCAAAGUGGGCGAAGCUGACCAAGUUCACCAAAUCGACGGCGAUGAACCGAGGGGUGCUCCCCCCAGGCAGGUCCUCCAGCUGCACGACGCCAACCUGAAGCACCACAUCAUCUCCAUCCGCAAGAGGGAAGUGUUGAAUAUGCUGCUGCACCUUAACAAGCACAACUUUACGCAGAGUGGAAACCACCUGAACAAGCUCUGUUUUUUCCUGCUAAACGAAUUUUGCGAGAAGGACCUAGUCACCAUCUUUACGAACCACUUGAAGUACAACGGGAACGAGCACGAUCUGUUGCUACUUAAUAAAAUAAUUAACAUUUUGAUUUACAAGAAAAGGAACAUUUCUCUAAGCAACAACAUAGUGGUUUGUAACAGUCUAGCCAAGUACCAGCUGUUUAACAAUAAUUUUUUUUCGCUAGACAAAAGGAGCUUCUUCGACGAAGUGACUGACGCGAACAUCCACUCGCUCGUCGCGCUGCUGUACUCCUGGGGGAAGCUCAAGGUGCGAAAUUUGGACCCCCUUUUCUACCAGCGGGUUGUUAAAGAAAUUAUUAAAAAGAUGGAAAGGAUUAACGAAUACGGCUUGUCCUGCCUGCUGUACGGGCUGAACAACCUCAUCGAUCGGCGGAAGGGGAGGGAGGAGUCGAUAAUGCCGGCCCGGCUGGGGGGGGCAGAACGGGGCGAGCGCGUCGAACGAGGUGAGCGUGCCGAAUACGGCAACCGCGGAGGGCUGCCGCCCCAGAGCGACGCCCAAACGGUGGCCCUCGAAAACGAACUCAUAAGGGCAAUAGUGAGCAAGCUGACCACCUUCAAAAACAUGAACAUCAAUUCCUUCUGCAUUUCCAUUUCGUGCCUCUCCAAGAUAAACAUCUUUCCCAAAGAAUUAUACGAAGAGGUCCAGACGGUCACGUACAAGUACAUGCACAGCGUGAAUGUGACUUCUCUGCAGCACCUCCUUCUGGCACUCUCCAAAUUUUACAUUAAAAGUAGACGAAGUAGUAACACCACGGAUGACCUCAUAUUUGACCUGUUCAAUUUUCUGUUCACUUAUAAAUAUAAUGAUAUAUCCUUUAAAUGUGCAUGCAAAUUUUUGCACAUUUUGAGUGUACUAAAUUUGCGGGAUGAGGACUUCAUUCUGCUUCUUCUGCUGGUCAUUUCGAAUGAGCAGAAGGUUUUGGCGAAUGCCGCCAAGGGGGAGGCCCCCAGGCUUCACUUGGCCAACCGCAAUGUGAGCAGCUCGUUUGGCGGAGUUGGUCCACUUUUCACUGGCGGAAGUCAGCUUGGUUAUCGGCCCUAUGGAGCGGUAAACACCCAGCAGACGAAGGAGGAACCCCCCUUGAGUGGCGACCCCUCGGCGAAGCGACCAAACCAGAGUUCCAAGCACAAGGGCUCCCUAUUCAUCAAAGGGCUAAGUGCACUGAAGGAUGACGAUUACUUUAAGAGUUCCCAUAGCGCGUACCCCUUUUUUGACAUCAAAAGUUACAAAUUCGACUUGAACAAAGUUUUGUUAAUUUUUAAGAAUGCCGAUAGUAGCUACCUGGUCAACGUGUUGGAGAGUCUGUACAGCCUGUCGUACUACUCCUACUUUUCAAUUCACCUGACCGUGGUCAUAAAAAAUAUUAUGAUAAAGCAAAUCCACGACUUGAAGGUUUCCAGCAUAAUGGCCCUCCUUUUUUCCUACGUGGAUUUACACUUCUUUGACCACUCUCUGUAUGAUAUAGAGUUGAAUUUAUUUUUAAGUGAAGACAGCGGUGGCUCUGUUUCCAUUGAGGAGGGAGCCCAAUUGAAUGAUGAGCAGCCUCUCCUGUUGGAACCUGCUGUGGUGCACGCGGUUGAGAAGGACGCCUCCGAAGGGGUAGGCCAAAAUGAAAAAGGCAUUCCGUCAAAUGGGAGUUACCCCCCUCUUAGUGAAGAAGGCACUAUCGAUUCUCUGAGGGAACAACUCCACAGCCUGUACAACCACAUGCUUUGCAACUUCAAAAUUAUGAACGAGCAGGAACGGAUGCUCUACAUUGAGAAGCUCAAACUGCUCAUGUGCGAAAUGAAGAAGAAGAGGAAAUAUUUUGUAGAUAAUAUUUACAACGAGAAUAACACUCCAAGUGUGGAGUACAUACUGUCUAUGAUCCACGACUAUGACGAGAUGGGGAAGGCCAACUGCCCUGUGCUCGAGGGGGGAAGACUCCUCUACCAGGUGAGAAGCGGCCAACGUGAGAGAUGCAGUCCGAAUUUGUAUGGGCGCAGCUGUAGAGGUGACCCCCUCGAGACGCGCAAAAAAGAAGGCGAACUGGACAACUCGCUGAAGGAGAAACACUUCGAACAGAUCAGAAGCAUCGUAGACCAGUUCAGCUCGGUGAAGAAGUUCCACUUGAAGGACAAAACGCUAAAGGAAAAAUUACAAAAAAAAGAAUACUACGAUGAUUUCUUCUUCUUAAAAUAUAGAGAAUACUACAAAGAAGACCUCAUCAACUUAUGCCUCGAAACGAUGCUGAAAAAUGUGACUUACAUUUUGAACAAUUACAAACAGUACAAAAACUGCAGCACUUUUUUCCUCCUCCUCUUCUGCGACAUUUUCCUGCCGUACGCUUCGAGCGACAUUUUUUUCUACUUCAAGUGCAUUCAGAGGAGCUACGACGGGAAUGGCGGUAGUGGCGGUAUUAGCGGUAUUGGCGGUAUUGGCGGUAUUGGCGGUAUUGGCGGUAUUGGCGGUAUUGGCGGUAUUGGCGGCGAUGGCACCAAAUGGCAGCAACCGUUCGAGCACAUUCUGCAAAACGUAGAGCUAUCCCACUUCACCGCAGACACGAUCAGAAACGUCAUUAACGCGAAGAAUGCCUCCCACAUGGUCGUCCCCUAUUUGGACAUACUACAGCACAACAAUAACUUCCUCAACAAAGCCGUAUGUGCGAGUGGCAAGAGCGAAGGGGCGCGCUGCGAGGAGGACCGUCACCAUAUUAGCGGCAAGGGAGAUGGCAAUCCGGAGGGAGAAACGCAUAAGAAAACUGGAGCAUGUGAAGACGCCGCAAAGGAGUACCAACACUUCAUAAACGCGUAUGACUCCACUUAUAGGCCAAAAAAGAUCAAGCUCGAAAAUAUCGUCCCCUUGAACUUAUUGUACAAAUUUUUCCAACUAUUCAACUUUAACAUAAAUAACGUACAGCUGAUUUACCUCCUGAACGAAGUGAUUAAGGAAAACGAGUCAAACGAACUAGUCGGAAGUGACAACACAAUCCAGUUUAGCAAAAAGGAAAUUUCGCCUGAUCAGUUCAGAAAAGUUUCCUACCCCAUCAUACAAAUACGAAAUAAAACCUUAAUUGUUCAUAAAAAUUCGAAAAAAGUUUUUUUUAAAAAUUUCAACAUCAUAGAUCAUUACUAUAAGCCAUCAAGAGGUAUGCUUAUACAAAUAUUGGACAAUGGCAUUCAUAAGGCAGUUUCGAUUUAUGUGGAUGUGUACGUCGUUGCCUAUAAGGUGGACAUCCUGAUUGAGCGGGGCGCGGUGUUGCGUCAGUAG